AUGGAGGAAUCAGAUGAAAAUAAUAGAGUCAGAUGGAACAACAGUGAAGUAGAUAGAUGUUUUCUCGAAGCGUGUAUUCGAGAAGUUGCUCUAAAUGGUAGAGAAGGAGGUAGUCUGAAGUCAGAAUCUUGGACCACAAUUAUGAACACUUUGAAGAAAAAUCAUAAUUUUGUUGUUUGUCAAAGACAAAUGAAGAAUCGAUAUGACUACUUAAAACAAAAGUAUCAAGCUUGGUUGCCGUUAACUAUGAAAACAGGCAAUAUUUACAAUCAUGCCACCAACACUAUCAACAUGACAAAGGAAGAGUGGACAGAGUAUAUAAAGGCUCAUCCUAAGGCAAAGAGUUUAAGACUUGCACCUCUACCUUAUCCUGACCUUUGUAGAGCACUAUUCGACGGUGCCACUGCUACUGGUGUUCAUUCUUGGGGACCUAGUUCCCAAGAUCAAAAUCCUGGUGUUACCUCAUUUUCUUCGAGUAAUGUCCGGAAUGUGGAACAAAGAGACAUAGAAGAUAUUUCUUAUUAUGAUGAAGAUGAAAAUUUCAAGGAUACUAGAGGGACUCAGACUAAUGAUUUCGCCCAUCGGUCUCAAGGAGAAAAGCCUAAAAAGAAAAAAAAAACAGUCAACCCUCGCCUGGUGAUAAUAAUUUAAUAAAUGAGAUGUCAGCAGCUUUGAAGUUUAUGAUUAAAAAUCAUAGUGGGCCUUCAGUUACAGAUUGUAUUGCUAAAUUGGAUGAACUUGAAUGGGAUAAGGAAGAUAUCUUAUAUGUUUCAGUUGUUGUAAUCUUUGGCAGUUGUGCAGGACAUAGAGAAGCUUGGAUGGCGCUUCCUAAGGAUAAUGUCGGAGUUCUGAAAGCAUGGAUUAAAAGAAUCGGACAAAAUACGGGAUUUUAAUUUUAACUUGCAAUGGCUUAUGUUUCAAAUUUUGAGAAUUUAGUAGUAUUUAUUUAUGACGAUGGAUUUGUUUUAAGUUUCGUAGGCUAUUGCAAACUUUUUAUGUUAUUAGUUUCAAUUUUAGAAUAAGACUUGUUUAGUUGGUA